CCGCGGCCAGUGAUCGACCCGCGGGCUUUGCAAGCCCUUCUGAACGUGAUUACGCCUUCAAUAGACGGACGUCAUUCGGGAAGUGCACGGAGCGUCAUGUCCAUAGACAUAGGGGACAGGGUCAGCAUGGGUGGUGCCAGGAGCGCCGCAGGCGACGACGCACGCAGCGCGGUGUUUGGUUACGACAUGGAUGACAGCGAGGUCUUCAACUGGGAUUUCUCCACCGAGGAUGACGACAGGAGCCACCUGAGCUUUUCGUUCGGAGACGAAACAACCACCGCCACGACCACCGAGCGGUACUCGGAUGACAAUGACGACACGGCAUCGCGGAUGAGCGAGACGGCAUCCGAGACGAGCUCUCAGACGACCGACACCCAAUACAGCGAGACGACGAGCUACACUUCGGAGGCCACUGGCAGUUCCUGGUCCGGUGAGACAGUCAUCAACGCUGCUGUACCAAAUCCUUCCAGGUCCCAGCCUCGCCAGAUUAUGGGCUCUCUUGUCGACCGAUAUGCUAAAGUCACUCACUUUGGUUACAACAAAUUCUGAACAACGUUAACUUUGAUGUAACCAGCUUUAGGUGUAGCUGUGAAACAGAUAUACGUACAUAGUAGUAUAGAUUGAUAUACAUGUACAUGUAUGUAUGAGAGUUGUGAAUGUUCAAGUAUUUUGAUUGAUUUUUUGUGAUGUACAAAUGUAAUUCACUUGUUUUACUCAUUUAGGUUAGCC